AUGUCGGACUCUGUGGAUCGAGUCUUCGUUCAUGCCCUCAAUACCGUUAAGCGGAUCCCUCGGACGGGGACCGCGCGACCGCCUGCUGCGGAGAGGUUGAAGCUGUAUGGGUUGUAUAAGCAGAGUAUGGAAGGCGACGUGGAAGGCGUCAUGGACCGACCCAUCGGAAACACCGCAGACGUCUACGCGGAGUGCGAGAAAUGGGACGCCUGGUACGCCCAGCGCGGCCUCUCCCGCACCGAGGCCAAACGCCGCUACAUCUCCACCCUCAUCGACACCAUGCACCGCUACGCCUCACAGACCGCCGAGGCCCGCGAGCUGGUCGCCGAGCUCGAGUUCGUCUGGGAUCAGAUCAAAUCCAACUCCUCGUCCUCGUCGUCCUCGAGCCCCGUGCAGGCGACCGCCGGCGUUUCUCCGCAGCACAACUACUCGAGUGUAGGCGGGCGCUUGGCCGGCCCCAUCUACGAGGAUAUCCUGGCGACGGUCCGCGAGAAUCCGAAGUAUAUUGGGAACCGGGGUGACUCGCGAUUGCGUGUGCUCAGCCCGGUCAGCCAGCCCGAUGGGCUGUAUCAGCGACAGGCGUCGCAUCGGGGGGAGGAACAGGAAGGAGACGAAGAGUUGGAGGAAGGGGGAGAGGAGGAGGAGGAGGAAUACGAGGAAGCUCAAGAUACCCUUUACGACGAUGAUGACCAUGACACCCAUACCCAUACCAACUCUCACACCCACGACAGCAGCAGUAGCAGCAACCACCCAAACGAGCAGCGUCUCGCCGAUGACGACGAAGCCCAAUCUCGGGGCCGAACGAGAAAAUCCCCACCCGCAGCAGGGGACUCCAACAGCAACACCAAACCCAAAAAGAACCACCACGUCGCCACCUCCGCCGACCGCGACCGCCGAUGGCGCCGCCGAGUCGAGCAGGCCUUGACCAAGAUGACGGCCGAGGUGGCCGCGGUGCGCGAGCAGAUGGAGGCGCGCACGCUGACCAGCCGCCGCCGCUCCGCCGUCUGGGCCUGGCUGAAAUGGAUCGUCUGGGCGACCUUCCGCCAGAUUAUCUUCGACCUGGCGAUUCUGGGCAUGGUCUUGAUCUGGAUGCGGCUCAAGGGCGACCGGCGGCUCGAGGAGAAGCUCAGGGUCGGAUGGGCGGAGGUCAAGACGCGGCUGGCCAGGCUGAGAUCCAUCAAGCGGGUACCAUGGGUAUAUAGCCUCUUCUGA